CCCGUGGUACACCCCGGUCUCACCCAGUCGAAGAAAUACCGGAGAAAGAACCUUGAGUCAUCCCCGAAACUUCUGGAGAAGGCCAAAGAACAGCUGGCGGAGGCCGAGCUGCGGAAAAUGAAGCAGCAGCUGAAGAACAUGGCAGAGAGCCGCAAGUCCACCCUCCUGCGCUCGGAGAAGACCCUCCUGAACCAGCAGAAGGAGAUCAAGAGCCUGCAGGAGGAGAAGGACGAACUGACCUUGCUUCUGGGUCUCCUCAAGUCCUCUCGGAACCUGAACCAGAACGAGAAAAACUACAGAGAGCUGCGCUUCCUGCUGCAGACCAAGGAGGACUAUGAGGGCCUCAUCAGCUCCAUGAAGACGCUCGUAGGGGAGCUGAACCAGAAGAUUGAUGAGAUGGAAAAAAGAAUUUUCAACCAAAAAAAGAUCACCUCAAAAUUGCAGGAGGCCAAUGACCCCCGGAAACUGCAGAAGCAGAUUCAGAUUUUGGAGACCCGUUUAAAUCUUGUCACCGUCAGCUUCGACAAGAUGCUGCAUGCCAACGCCCAGCUGCGCAGCGAGAUCGAGGGUCUGCGGAGCCAGAAGGCUGCGUACGACCACGUGCACCAGCAGCUCCGCCGUCGCCUGGUCGUGCAGAAGAGAACCAUGAAGAACGCCAUCGAGCAGUCCUCACUGGCCUACGAGCAGAGGCUGGAAGCUGGAGCCCGGAUGGCCGCCCUGCAGGAGCGCCAGGAGAAGGACAUCACCCAGCACAACCUGGAGAUCCGUGAGCUGGAGCGGAUUCAGCAGCACGAGGCCAAGCUCAAGACCUUCCUGCUCAUUAAGCUCAAUGACCGCCUGGAGUUCCAGGAGGAGGCCAGGAAGAAUGAAGCUCUCAAGGCCAAGAAAUGUGUGAAGCAGAAAAAUCUCGAGAGUUCUGAGAGCUAUGAGGUGGCCCACCUCCGGCUGAUGAAGUUAGCAGAGGACGGAAACCUGAAUAGGCUCAUCCACGACUUUCUGGUCAAGGAGGAGAUGAAUUUUGCUCGGUUCACGUACGUCAUGGAGCUUAACAGCAACAUGGAGACGAUGCAAACGAAGAUCAAGAAGAUCCAGGAUAAGAUCACUGACUUGCGAUUCCAGCAGAAGACAUCCCAGGAUGACAACCGUUCUGCCCUGAUGGAGCUGGAGGAGAAGCUGAAGAGGACCACAGAGGCGGCGGACAGGUACGAGCUGAGGGCCGAGGAGAUUGGCAGGACCCUGGAGCAGCUCAAGGAGGCCGUGAAGUCCUUGCUGAAGAAGAUGGGCUUCAGCACAACCGAACUCCUGGAUCGGCUGGGGGCGCAUGGCCAGGUCACUGAUGCCAACCUCACGCAGUACUUCGCCAUCAUUGAGAAGAAGACCAACGACCUCCUGGUGCUUGAGUCCUACCGGCGGCUCCAGGACAUCGAGAGGGCCGACCUAGAGGCACCACAGCCCUUCAUCAACCCGUUCUGGGGCGGCUCUGCCCUGCUCAAGCCUUUAGAAUUCAGGAAAAUCAGCGUCCCCUUCCUUGGUGGGGAACCCUCGGACAAGCUGGAUGAUGUGGAGCAGCCCCUGGACCACAGCAACCUCCGGCAGCUGGUGCUCAACAGCCUCGGCGCCCGGGAGUUGGGAAACCAGGAGGUCAACGCCGACGCCGCCUCCGAGAAGGCCGACGGCUCCAAGGCCAAGAAGUUGAAGAAGACCUGAAGGGCCCGAGCGCUCUGCCCAGUGCCCCGGAGAAUAAACGUUUGUUCCCUGA